AUGGCCCCCAGAACUUGGAUUGCUCAUAAAGGAACCAACGAAAAGGACUCUGCCCGCGAAUUGAAGGAUGGAAAGGUAAAGAAAACUUACCAAAUACCCAAAACCAGCCACCACAAAGAAUGGGCCAGGGAAUCGCCACUUCAGCCAGAGGACACUCUCACAACGGAUACGGAUCGGAUUACGCCACUGAAAGAGAAUAACAAGCAAAUUAAACAAACCAAAACAUCACCGCUAGCAAAACUUUUUGAAAAAGAGGAGGAGAAAGAAAGGAAAGUAAGACAAAAGCAACACCAGGAGCUACUUAGAAAGAAAAAACGGGACGCAGAAUUUAGAAGAGAGCAGCUCGAGCAAAGAGAAAAGAUAAGAAAACAGAAAAUUCAGGCUCAGCGAGAAAGAGAAGCCAGAGAAAGGAAGGAGUAUGCGGAGAAGCUCAGAAAAGAAGAAGAGGCUCUAAGCUGGUUUGAAGACCCAGGAUACACAAAUUUGCUAGGAGCAUGGGACUCAGCUUCGGAAUCAGAAAUUGAAGUCAUAAAUUUAGAAGAAAAUGACUCAGACAUUGAGGAAAUAUACUGCACAAGCCCAAAAACAAUAAAAACUAGUGAAAAGAAUCCAGAAUACGUAAAGCAAGUGUUGGAAUGCAUGAGGGCUCAAGAAAAGGAAAUGAUGAAAGAAAUAAUGGAAAUAGAAUUCCAGAUAAAAGCAAUAGAAAAGGCAAACUCACCUCAGAAGGAGCAGCAGGAUCAGCAGCCCAAACUCACAGCAUGGGAAGCAGCUCAAAUUGACACGACGAUUCCAAGUCAGCCAGCACAACAGGCAGGAAUUCCCUCGCAAAAAUCCACAUCACUGCAGCAAAUAAAAACGAAACAUGACGAUAAAGCAAUAGAAAACCAAGCAGGACAGUCAAGGAAAAGAGGAAAAUCCAAAAGGUUAAGAUGCACCAAGUGCCACUCAAGAGGGCACACUACAUCAGAAUGCAAACUCACCGAGGUAAACGAAGCCAAGUAG